AGUAACUGACAGUGGUAGAGUUCAAAAACUGAAAAGGGCGAGCCGAAAUUAGAUUGUGAGAUGGCGAACCCUAGGAGGAGCUCAGAGAAUUCAUUUCAGUUCCAGAAUCUCUCACGAUUGUCAUCUAUAAAGCAUUUUUUAAAGAAGCCACAAGCCUUCCCUUUCUUGCUUUUGAUCUUUCUCUUACUCACAUGGCUCUCUCUCAGACUUCAGCGUUCUUCACAUUUCUCUCCCGCUAAUCUUCAUGGAACUCAGGCGAAAAUAUGGAGCACAGAAGAUGAUAAGAAGGCCAAUUUGGUAAGAUUCAAAUCUGAGUUGUUCCCUUCUCCCAUCAUCAAAGACAAGCGUGGUUGGCUCUUCAAUCCCGUUUCUCUUGCCAUUCACUCUGGAAUUAGAGGUAGUGCAGUGUCUUGCGAUUCACUUCAUGUUGGUGAAAUACGGCCUGGCUCUGUGAGGGGAAACCAUAGACACUAUACUUGCAAUGAGACAUUUGUCAUUUGGGGUGCCAAAACUUUGUUUAGGUUGGAAAACAGCCAGAUAUCGGAUAAAGGCUUUGCUCAAGUGAUUGUUGGUGCAGAUGAGGUUGCUGUUGCAGCUAGUCCAAGUGGAACUGCCCAUGCUUUGGUAAAUGUAGAUCCUAUACGUUCUACGUUUUUUAUUGGGUGCCAAGAUAAUAUGAUCGACUAUAACAGCUCAACUACUGAUUUUAAUGUUUGGAAAGAUUUAUAAGUUUACUUGCUCCUUCUUUUGCCUGUCUUUGCUGUUAUUUUAACCUGCUGAAAUACUGAUCCAUGUUUAUAUUUUGUUUGGCGAUGUCGCUAGAGUGCUAGAGUUUCGUUGAUUAAGGUAGUUACUAGUUACAGUAAAUGAUAGCUUAUACUAUGUAUAUAAAAUACGUUAUUGUGUCCUGUGGCUUUUUAACAGCAGCAAUUCUUCCAUUCUUUUGUCAAUAGUAAACGCUCAGGUAUCUGUAAUGUGAAUGUAAUUCAUAUCAAUGAAUAAUUUCAAUUUUUAUU